AUGAAGAAAUAUUCUUUAUUCCUUAUUCUUGCUCGAAAAGCACUUGCAGCCCCUUUCAAGUCAUUUCUCGGCACAUAUAUCAUAGCCUCCGCACAUGAACUCGAUUCAACGACACACGACGAUACACCAGAAUAUGGCUCUCCAGAAUUUUGGUGGAAGAUGGGAAUUAGUGUUGCGCUAGUAUUACUGGGCGGGGUAUUUGCUGGAUUGACUCUAGGUCUCAUGGGCUUGGACGAGCUACAUCUUCGAGUAUUGGCCGCAUCCUCUGAUAUCCCGACUGAGAAGCAAAAUGCUAAGAAGGUCCUCAAGCUAAUGUCGAAAGGAAGACACUGGGUCCUGGUCGUGCUUCUCCUAGGCAAUGUGAUCGUCAAUGAAAGUUUACCUAUAUUCUUAGACGGAGCGCUUGGUGGAGGAAUCGCUGCUGUCGUUAUAUCUACUACAGCUAUUGGUGAAAUCAUUCCUCAAGCAGCCAGCGUCCGUUUCGGUCUUUCAAUAGGAGCGAGAUGCGCUCCAUUCGUUCUCGCUCUCAUGUGGAUCAUGUCGCCUAUCGCAUACCCCAUUGCCAAGCUACUUGAUAAAGUGCUCGGUGCAAACGAAUCCCAUACCUACAAAAAGGCCGAACUCAAGUCAUUCCUUCAAUUCCACCGGACGGGAGAGGAGCCAUUAAGAGACGAGGAAAUCAGUAUCUUGAACGGUGUCCUCGAGCUGAAUACGAAGAGCGUGGAGAGUAUAAUGACGCCGAUGAAGGAUGUGGUCAAACUAAGCGCCGACACGAUUCUGGAUCACAAAACACUGGAUGCAAUCCUUUCAAGUGGUUACUCUCGCUUCCCGAUUCACGAACCCAGUAAUCCGCUGGCUUUUGUUGGGCUUCUACUCAUUAAAAAACUUCUUCAAUAUGACCCAUCGCAAGGUCUCCCGAUAUCGAGCUUUCCGUUGUCAAUUCUACCAGAGGCACCACCAUCAAUCAAUUGUUUUCAAGCCUUAGAUUACUUCCAGACUGGCCGAGCACAUCUUUUGUUGAUAAGUUCUACUCCUGGUCUCGCUGGUGGCGCUCUUGGUGUGAUUACCUUGGAAGAUAUAAUUGAGGAAAUCAUAUCCGAAGAGAUUGUUGACGAGACAGAUCGGUAUGAGGACAAUGUGAGCAAGAGAAGAGCAAGACGGGCAACAACGGCGACUAUCAUGAGAGGGUAUGUUAAUCCUCACUUUUCGUUUUGA